AUGUGCUCCUACACCUACUCCUGGUACCACUGCGGCUGCGACUACUACCUCUGGGCCAACAGCAUCGAGGUCUGCCAUAACCGACUGCUGUCCGGCUACUCGUACGAUGCAUGGAGCGUCGACAUGUGCAAGAACAUGCAGGUCACCUGCGGCGGCUUCAGCAACUACUACUGCUCGGACUGCUCCGAAGAUGUCGCGCUGGAGUUCGAGCUGGAUGAGAUAUAG